CCGCCACCCUCCGUCUCCUUAGGCGUUUGGGAAAGCCGGGCGUUGACAGACGUGGCCCUGGAGAUGUCCAGGGCUGGUGAUGGUCACCGAGUGAACAGCGUCUAGGCUCAGCCUUGGACGAUUUGUGUGGACCAAAGGUAUGCUAGCUAUUCGGAGAGCGAGGAGGAAAUUCAGGAUGGGGACCAUCUGCUCCCCCAACCCCAGCGGGACAAAGACAGCGUCGGAGGUCUGCAAUGCCGAUUGGAUGGCCUCGCUCCCCCCUCACCUCUACGACGUCCCCCUCUCCAAUUUGGCGAUCCCAGGCUCCCAUGAUUCUUUCAGCUAUUGGGUAGAUGAAAAGUCCCCAGUGGGGCCUGACCAAACCCCAGCUAUCAAACGCCUGGCCAGGAUCUCCUUGGUAAAGAAGCUGAUGAAGAAAUGGUCUGUGACUCAGAACCUGACCUUCCGCGAACAGCUGGAGGCUGGGAUUCGCUACUUUGACCUGCGCGUUUCUUCUAAGCCAGGAGAUGCUGACCAGGAAAUUUACUUCAUCCACGGGCUUUUUGGCAUCAAGGUCUGGGAUGGAUUGAUGGAGAUCGAUGCGUUCCUCACUCAACACCCUCAAGAGAUUGUCUUUUUGGAUUUCAACCACUUCUAUGCCAUGGAUGAAGCUCAUCACAAAUACCUGGUUCUCCGAAUCCAGGAAGCCUUUGGAAGCAAGCUGUGCCCAGCCUGCAGUGUGGAAAGCAUGACACUGAGAAGCCUGUGGGAGCAGAAGCAUCAGGUUCUUAUUUUCUAUCACUGUCCCUUCUACAAGCAAUACCCCUUCCUGUGGCCAGGAAAGAAGAUCCCAGCACCCUGGGCGAAUACCACAAGUGUGCGCAAACUAAUCCUCUUCCUGGAGACCACACUAAGUGAGCGAGCACCACGCGGCUCCUUCCACGUGUCCCAGGCGAUCCUCACCCCCAGAGUGAAGACCAUCGCCAGAGGCCUGGUUGGAGGCCUCAAAAACACUCUGGUUCACAGGAAUCUUCCUGCCAUCCUAGACUGGGUGAAGACUCAGAAGCCUGGAGCGAUGGGUGUCAACAUCAUCACAUCUGACUUUGUAGACCUGGUAGAUUUUGCCACAACUGUUAUUGAGCUCAACGAUCUUCUACAGGAGGACAGAGCUGUGACUAAAUGCUGA